GCCAGUCUCCGGGCGGCAGAGCAAGCGAGGAAGGGCUGCUGCUCCUCACCUGCCGCUCACCUGGCGGGCUUUGCCGCUCCCCUGCCUCCCCCUGGACUUCUUCCUCCCGGACAGGGAGCCCUGACUUCUUCGGGAGGCUCCGUUCUGGGAAGCCGGGGAGACAAGCCCCCGACCCCGAAGAGAAGGAAGAGUAGAAUAAGCAGAAGUGGAGAAACAGUAAUGGAGUAUAUGAGCACAGACAGUGACAACAAAGAGGAGAUUGACCUGUUGUUAACAGACCUAAAUAUGUCAGAGGUGAUCAAUAUCAUGGAGAAACUCUACCCAAAUGGAGACCUGGGUGUUUAUGAUGACAGCCUCUUGACUUUAUGUCCAGAGAAGAACAAAAAUGAGGAACGAGCAGAAUCCUUGCUGUUCAGCAGACGGGAGGUUUCCUUGUUAUCAUCUGUCAAGUAUGGGACUGUGGAAGACCUGCUUGCUUUUGCAAAUCAAGUGUCCAAUACUGCAAAGCAGAUUUGCCAUCACAGAAGACAAGAGUCGGGAAUCAUAUUAAAUAUGAUCAAUCCCAAAAAUGGGCGCUAUCAGAUUGAUUCAGAUGUACUCCUAUUUCCCUGGAAGCUAACCUACAGGAAUAUUGGGACUGACUUUAUUCCACGGGGAGCUUUUGGGAAAGUCUACUUGGCACAAGACACAGAAACGAAGAAACGGAUGGCUUGUAAACUGGUCCCAGUGGAGCAGUUUAAGCCAUCAGAUGUUGAAAUCCAAGCCUGCUUUCGCCACGAGAAUAUUGCUGAACUUUAUGGGGCCAUCUUGUGGGAUGAGACAAUCCAUCUCUUCAUGGAGGCAGGAGAAGGUGGCUCUGUCCUGGAGAAGGUGGAAAGCUGUGGGCCUAUGAGAGAAUUUGAGAUCAUCUGGGUGACAAAGCAUAUCCUUAAAGGGCUUGAGUUUCUUCAUUCAAAAAAAGUUAUACAUCAGGAUAUAAAACCAAGCAACAUUGUUUUUAUGUCAACGAAAGCAGUUCUGGUGGACUUUGGCCUAAGUGUUCAAAUGACAGAAGAUAUAUACUAUCCCAAGGAACUCCGAGGGACAGAGAUUUACAUGAGCCCAGAAGUAAUCCUCUGCCGUGGACACAAUACCAAAGCUGAUAUCUACAGUCUGGGAACAACCAUAAUCCACAUGCAAACGGGCAUUCCACCAUGGGUGAACCGAUAUCCUCGUGCAGCAUACCCUUCCUACCUCUACAUAAUCCAUAAGCAAGCUCCACCACUGGAGGACAUUUCUGAGGACUGCAGCCCUAGCAUGAGACGGUUCCUGGAAGCCGCCCUUGAGAGGAACCUGAACCAGAGGCCCUCUGCCACCGAACUCCUCAAACAUGAGGCCUUGCACCCACCCAGGGAAGAGCAGCCGCGCUGCCAGAGCCUGGAUUCAGCUCUCUUUGAAAGGAAACGGCUUCUGGCAAGGCAGGAGUUUGAGCUUCCUGAGAACAUUGCCGGUACAACACUAACCCUCCUUCCUGCGUUUGGCUCAAGGAUUCCUCAAGCAUUGGGAUUACUGAAGAAUCAGAACUGCUCAAGAGACAACGAUCACUAUACAUUGACCUUGGAGCACUAGCGGGCUACUUUAACAUAGUCUGAGGACUAAUGCUAUGAGAUUACGAGGAGUUCAGUUUUGCUGAAUGGAAGGAGAUCAUUUCUUUCAGAUUUUUUGAAGAAAAGAAGAGUGCAAUACUUUUGAUCACUUGAAGAAUUUAUAAAGUGAACUUCUGAGAACACUUAACAAAACAAGAGAAGUUCUCAUUCUUGAUAAAAUGCUGCUUCUGUCAUAUGAUCUGUAACUUGUGUUCGGUCUGCAUUGAAUGUGUAACCAUGAAAAAUAUGCAUUAUAAAUAUUUUAAAGGCCUGAUGAUUAGGGAACGAAAUCGUUAAGUUCAACAAUAGUGGAAACUCCUACUUUAAACUCAUUGAGUUAUUCUAAUUAUUAAUAAUUUUAGUCAUUGUUGGAUUUAAGGACUGUUUCUAAACUAAGCUUGCUGCUAGCAGAAAUGUGGCUUUCUUUGUGCCAGAACAUCUUCAGUUUUGCAAAUCUUUGACUUAUAAUAGUGGUUCUUAACCUGUGGAUCCCCAGAUGUUUUGGACUUCAACUCCCAGAAAUUCUAACAACUAGUAAACUAGGCCAAAAUACCUGGGGACCCACAGGUUGGGAACCACUGACUUAGAACAUCAUGUUGAUUUCCCUUGAAAAGCCUGAAGCUUGGUGAGUUGGGUCAAACUUUUUUCUAUGAAUUCUCAUCCCACUCAAUUUUGUUUGGCUCGAGAGACACUUUGGUGACCCACUAAUCAGCAUACUAUGAGCAUCUCUAGCUCCACACCCAACCACCCACUUGUUUUGGCUUCGAAUGAGGCAUCUCUCCAGCCGUCUGUUUCCUUGCAUUCCUCUCCAUACCUCUCAGACUUGUUUUCAUGCUGCUGCUUCUGUUUCCCUUUUAGACAACAAGUUGGUCAUCUUGGACCUAUGAGGAUAACUUUCAAAAGUUGGGAGUUUUUUUGGGGGGAGGGGGGGGCUAUAAGUCCCAGAAUGCCCCAGCUUGUAUGGUCACCUAUUGGCUGGGAGAUUCUGGAAAUCAUAAUUCAAAACACUAAAUUCUGAGCUCUGCUUAUUAUGUCUUUGAGCAAAUCCUUAGGAUUUCACAGAAUUUUGUUUGUUUUCUCUUUGACCCAAGCUGGAAUAGUAUGAUGGUGUUUUGAUCUCAAAUAUCUAGGUUACAAACAUUAGUUAGGAAUAGCUAUCCGGUGUCUGUAUCAUAUCAAUAUUCGCCUAAAUAGCAUUAAUCAGCUUGUUGAGUCUAAUGUUUGUGCCAAUUUUUAAAAUGAGAAAUCUGCACCAAAACAGCAAUAAAAACAUACCAGUGUAUUCAUACAUGUUAGGCUGUGAACUGGCAUAUUUUCAUUUUAAUGGUGUUAGCUGUAUUGAGGGAUUUUUUUUCAGAAUAUUUUCUUGCACAUUGCUAUCAGUGGGAGAUGCAAGAAGAAGUCAUGGAACAAAGUCUGGCUUCCUAGCAAAGAGAGCAACAAUUGUAAGCAUGAGGCAUUUGAAAUAUAAAGCUGGCAGUAGAAUACUAGAAUCUUGGUGGAGAUAGGCUAGUUAUGAAGUUUGUAUUAAUUUGUGGCUGUGAGCUACAUGUUUCUUAAGACAAACAUGUGUUUGAAUGUCAUGAAUUAGAGAUUUUUUAAAAUAAUGUUCCUAUGGAAAAAAAAGACUUCUUUUGCUCUUGAAGACGUUGAAUACAUUUAAAACUUGAUGUUUUAGAUGGCAGUAAAACUGUUUCAAGAACAUAGUUUGGUACAUCCCAUGGGAUGAAUGUGUAAACUUUUAUAAAAAUAGGUCAAUACUUUGUUAAGCAAUUUUGUUUCAUUUUUAAAGUGGCAUACUGUGUAUGUUGUAAAUAGAAUUAUUGACAAAAACAUGAUCUCUAUUGUAAAGUUUGUAUAUAAGGAUCCUUGUAUAUACAGUUUAUUUGUAUUAUCCAGUCCUGUUUGUGAUAGAAAUUGCUCAACUAUUUAAAGGAAUAAAGCCACGUGUUUGUGAG